AUGUCGAACUUCGAGCCCAAUGCCGUCAUUCGCGGCUUCCAGCUCACCGUGGUAGGAACUGUCCGCGCUCUCCAGAAUCCAGAUCUGUUUAAGCAUGAGCACUUUCGUCAAGCAGCUAUAGCAGUUGCCGUUGGGGUUGUCAUCCAGCUAAUUAUCCAGAUUCCGAUAAUCGGCCUAAAGUUUGUUCUGUACAUAAUAUCCUGGGUUAUCGACCUAGAAAGUGCAACAUGGGACGACGAUCUUCUCAAUGGCCUGGAUUUCUUGUCCAAAUCUGUUCUCCAGGUGCCAUUUCUACUGAUGACCUUAAUGGGCCAUCUUACCCCGACUCUCGAUGAGAUUUUCAUGCAAUCCAUCCACUGGGUGGACACAACAUACACCCAGAAACAUAAGUCUGAGGACCCCAACACUUUGCGGGGCCCUCGCCAAUCACGCCCCAAAUUGGAGGUUUUCAUGACAUUUGCCAAUCGCUAUGGCAAGAAAAUUGCGCUGGGCCUAGCAGUGUAUUUCCUGUCUAUGACCCCUAUCGUUGGCCGCUUUGUUAUGCCAGCAGCCAGUUUCUAUACCUUCAAAUCGCAUGUCGGCACAGCGCCAGCUGUCGUGAUUUUUGGUGCUGGACUGGUUCUCCCCAAGACAUACAUCAUUCGGUUCCUCCACACCUACUUUGCAUCAAGAAGUCUGAUGCGCGAACUCCUUGAACCGUACUUCCGCCGUAUCAAGUUUACUCCGGAACAAAAGAGCCGCUGGUUCCGCGACCGAGAGGGCGUUUUGUUCGGCUUUUCGUUUGCCUUUACCGUUGUUUUGAAAACCCCCUUCAUUGGUGUGGUUAUGUACGGCGUUGCAGAGGCAUCUACGGCAUACCUUGUUACAAAGAUUACUGAUCCACCACCAUCCCCAGUUGAGAGUGAAGGCUUUGCUGAGAGUCAAGUAACUUGGAAGAAUAAACAUGACUUCCUGCGUCUACCACUUGACCACAUUGACAAGCUCAAUAUAUCCAGCCAAGAUAACCUCAAGCACGACUCGGCUCUUGAGGGAAAGAAAACCCAUUGA